CGCGCCAGGCGUCCCCUGCUCGCGACAUCACGUUCACCCAUCCCCCCCUCUCCUCGCUGCGGUUGUUGCCACCGGUCAGUGAAGUCGGUAACCAACCACUCCUCGCUGCCGCGCGAUGGACGGCGCGUCGUGGCCCGCGCGGUGGCCGCCACCGGCGCCUCCCCCCUCUGCGUUGGCUGCGCCGGCGCCGCCGCUGCCAAGCCAGAUGGACGGCUUCAAUCUGCGCCACCUGCUCCGCCCCUUCGCCGCGCAGGAGUCCGCGGCGGGUGCCCGAUCAGCGGCAGUGCCAGGGCAGCUGGUCACGAAUCCUUCGAGCUCGCAAUCCGGCCAGCCUGCGAAACCGGGGCCAAGCAACGAGUUGCUCGCUCAAGUUCCGGGGAGUUACUCUUAUUCCACUUUCGGCCUUGCGCCGGACCUUAAGGCGUUGUUCCACAAGCCGAAUGCAAGCAAUGCUGCUGGUAUUGUUGAUCUCACUCGCGCUUCUCCGCUUCGCAGCGCCGCCUCUCUGACCAAGUAUCCGAGACAUGGAUUGUCAGCUAGCAGUAGCAAUGAGCAGUCCUCUCUUGGAGCACUGUUUCUGAACAAAAGUGCUAAUGGAAUGGGUACUUUCCCGGGGGAAAUGUCAGCUAAUGAAGGGAUAACACACGGUGGCAUACAGUUUCAGGAGUCAAGUGCGCACAUACCGCACAAACUGCCAUUCAAAUCAACUCCUAAUCAUCCUGCACUGUUUGGUGAUCGUAUCUGUGUCUCCUGCCUGAAUGUUGGUGGAGAGUUCUUUGUGGGUGAAGCUGGGCUUUUUGGAGUCAUUUGCUUGUGUCAUCGGUUGAGAAUGUCUGUAGCUAAGUUCUGUGAGCAUGCGGGAGGUCCUCCAGAAAAAGCUGGUGAAAUUGUGCAUGUGGAGAAUGGCAUGAGCAUCGCACAAUGGUUCAAAUUCUGCAUAGGGGUUGGAGGAUCUAUUGCUGACACCAAGUGGGAUUGGCCAGAAUGGGCAUGUAUGAAAAAUUCUCCAGAAGAAUACAGGUUGAGAGGUCUUACUUCAAGAAACAGUGGUAUAGGAAAAAUAGAGCUAUUAGGUGGAUAUGGAAAAAUCACUGGACCUAUAAACAAACCAGUUCAUUCCAGUGAUCUGUACAUUGAGGGUGGAGGAUGCACUAAUGUUGAGAAGCUAGUGAAUAGGCCUGAUGAAACAAAUUACAGAAAGAGUGUUGAUGCGCAUGAAGCUUUUACAAAGAACUCUACUUCACUACAGAAUUCCACGAUAAUGAAUUUAGGGCUUGCUAAAAACCAUAUGACUGACACAUUGGACCUGAACCCUCUUAGCACGCCAAGUGGAAGCCUGCACUUCAAAGCAGGCGUGGGAAGACAUUACAAUGGAAAUCAUUCGGCACAUAAUUAUGGAAUUCUGUUGGAGAAAAACUUUGAUGCUUCUUUUCAUAAUCCUGGGCCAAGUUCCACAAGAGUUCCGAACCAUGAUAAUAGGGCAUGCAGGCCUGAUUUCUCACACAAAAUAUUCCAGGACAGUUUGAGCACUGUUUCAAACACUGAAUUAAAACUUGGGCAAUCUUCUUAUCAUCAAUCUGUGACCACCCUAUUUCCAUCUGUGCAGUCAAGAGUAAUUGAAUUUCAGAAACCUCAGUCACAUGUGCCAUUGAUAAAUCAAAAUCCUUGUCCAAAGCAAGCAACUAAGGUCAACAAAGGUGUUGCAGAACAUAAUGAAGCACCAAUUGGUACUGGAAAUAAGAAGCAAUCACUGGAAUUUGCUAAUGGCACAAAACGUUCUGAAGGUGAUGAGCUUACAGAUGAUGCAUCCACGAAUUCAUUUAUCUCAUUAUUUCUUUCACACCUGGAGAGGAAUAAUACACCUGAACCCGUCGAUGAUAUUCUCAACAGUAAUGCGCAUUAUCUUCCUAAGGCCCUGGAUGUUGCAUGUAGUAUUGAUCAUUCAAAAGUUGCAAGUAGACAGAUUGAGAAAAGGGCUAAUGAUAAUCAUUCAAAGUUGGCCCCGACUAUUGUUCAGAUGAAAAGGAGAUCAGACGGCAUUUCUCUUUCUAUGGCUUCCAGUGGAUAUAAUCAUCAAGAUGUACCCCAUGCUAACAGUCAGGAAUCUUUGAUCCAUGGUGAUUGCCUGUCGCAUAUGCUGCCCAGUCAACCUAAUGCUGGAAUCUCCAAAUUUUGUGCAAGAGGUUCAUGUCCUGCAAAUUGCAUGAGUUGCACUCAUGCCGGCGAUAAAUCCCAUCAGGUUGCACCUGCUGAGAUUGGGGUUCCCUGUUUCUAUGAUAAAAUGGCCAGGGGCCAAGGUACUUUUGAGUGUGUUGAUGACUUGUGCGCACAUAGAAGUUUGAGAGCUUUUGCCAAAAUCAGCUGUGAGAAUGGGAAAUCUUGUUCUUCUCGGGAAUUUCCACCUAGCUUUUGCCAAAAUGAUCAAUCAACACUGGGAAAAUCGAUUUGUGGAUGCUGUUGCAAAAUUCAAGAAGAUGUUUCCAAGCUUGGUCUUAGACCUGGUCACUUGUGCAGUACUCAUUUUUCUAGUGAUGGUGGUCCAAUUCUAGCCAGUAAGCCUACUCUUGAAGGGUUAAAUGAACUUUGUACCUGCUCCACUUUUAUUCAAAGAUCAUCAUUAUGUUCUCGAGAACACAUCUUGCAGUCUUCUUGUUAUGCAUGUCCCAUUGAUGGAUUUCGCUACAGAAGUUCUAUAGGACAUGCAACAAACAGUUUGAUGAAAAACUCUCUGCUUGAUGCACUUAAUAAAAAAGAAAGAGGUCCUUGUUGUGAUGGAAGAUUCUGCUACUCUAUAGUCCCAAAAUGUUUGUCUGGUUGUGGCUUUACAAAGAACUGUGAUGUCAGAAUUGAUCAAAUUGGUCAUACUGUACCAAAAGGCAAACACCAGCUGCAAAUGCCUGCCAGAUGCUGCACAUUAGGGGAGAACGAAAAAUUAACAUGCCAAUGCUUAAGCAAUAGAAUUACUGGAGGAAGCAUCUCUCAAGUAAUGAGCCAGCCUUCUAUAGCUAUAAUGGAGAGACUGAAGAAUUUGUCUGAAGCUUCAGUGGCCGAUGGCAGCUGGUCCAAAGCUGUAACAGAGGAAAAGGGCGCUUAUAGAGAUUCUGUAAUAUCUAAAGGGCAACCAAAGUUUGGUUUCUCUUCUGGAUCGUCCAGCGCUGUGGUGACAAAGUUUCAGACGUCACCUGAAUUUAACAAUGUAUCCUCCUGUACUGCUAAACAUAGCAAACACAAAAGUCUAUGUGAUGAAGGAUCAAGAAUCGAGAAAUGUUCCGCAUCCAGCUAUGUGCCUUCCAGUACAGGAUGUGAAGAGGCCCUAAAUAGUUUCCCUAGAUCUCAGUUGAGUCCAUCUAGAGUAAAGCGCAGAUGUAAUCAGAUUUCUGACGGAAGUAGACUGGAUGAAAAGGACAAUGAUGAACUUUCUUUUGGACUGCCAAAGAAAACUAGAACAUUGAGGUGCUCUGCAAAACGUUCAGAAUCAGAUGAUUGUACUAGGACUAGUUCCCAGUCAUCCCGAAAGGAGGGUUCUCAACCACAAAACGAGGGUAAUUCAUUUUCUUGCAGGGUGUUGAGAACCAAGAGAAAACAUCCUACCAUGCACCUGAAUAGCCAGAACAAGAGUUUCAAAGGUGUCGAUGAGCAACCAAAUGACAAGGGUAUUUUUCUUGGAGGAUUAGAUUUCUCUGAUAGGAAAAAGCAAAUUGAAGAUAUAACCACUCUGGAUAGAGCACAACAUCACCAGGAAGGGAGUCGAGUGUUUGCCCGCAAACUACCUAAAUAUGUGUCUCUGAACAGCAUUGUAAAUGAACCUAAUGGUGAAGAUGCUUGCAGUGGGAGUGCUGGUAUCGAUUCUAGUUUAAUUGCUACAGGGAUAGCAAACGAUAAUCGAAGAUCUCCCAAAAUUGUUCCACUUAAUCUGAUUCUUAAAAAGGCUAAGAGAUGUCGUACUGUUAAACCCCACUGUAAGACAAAAAGUAUCCACUUGUCUGAGGGAAAGAGCUCAGAUUAUUCUGUGGACAGCUCAGAUUAUUCUGUAGACAAGUAUUCUGUUGAUAAUGAACACCACAGUCCACAAGCUGAAGAUGAAAUGCAGAGUUCCAAAAAGAGUAGGUAUUCAUCUAAUGGUUCGAGGCCACAUGUUGAGGCUCACUGCAAAAGUCCAUGUGGUGUUCUUGGAGAAGAUGGCCCUCUUGGCCCAGAUGUGGAGACAAAUCAGUUGUCAAUAACAUCAUCAAGAAGUAAUGGAAUUAAGAAUCGAAGAGCAAGUGUAUCCCUUACUAGGAUUAAGAGGCAUGAGGAAUUUGCAAACAGACCAGCAUUCUAUUCUGGUAGUGAUAAAGGCAAUGCAGUGCAAGCCCAUGAAGUGAAUGUUAAAAGAUACGAUGGAAGGCUCAACUCAGGUGCUUCAUGCUGUGUUUGUGGAAUCUCAAACCUGGAGCCUUGCAAUCAGUUGAUAGAGUGCAGCAAGUGCUAUAUCAAAGUGCACCAAGCUUGCUAUGGUGUUCUAAAAGUUCCAAGAGGAAAAUGGUUCUGUAGACCCUGCAAGACUAAUACCCUGAACACAGUUUGUGUGUUGUGUGGCUAUGGAGGUGGAGCUAUGGCAAGGGCACUGAAAUCCAAGAACAUGCUGAAAAGUUUGCUCAAAAGUUUGACAGCUACAGCAAGAUCAGAAAAUUAUGUUGAUUCAUUAGGAAAUGCAAGCGGUCUGCGAAAUCCAGUAGACAGUGCACAUGGGGAUAACAUUAUCAGUACGGAGAACACUACCAGCAAUUCCCGGACCUCUAUUAAUCAUGAUUCCAGUUUACUUGGCCCACGAACAAUGCAGUGGGUUCACAUGGUCUGUGGGCUGUGGACACCUGGCACAAAAUGCCCAAAUGCCACCACAAUGAGUGCUUUUGAUAUAUCGGGUGCUUCACCAGCUAAGAGAAAUACCGCAUGCUCUAUGUGUAACAGAACGGGGGGCUCAUUUAUCAAGUGCCGAGAUGUAAAUUGUUCAGUGCUCUUUCAUCCUUGGUGUGCACAUCGGAGGGGUUUGCUGCAAAGUGAGGCCGAAGGUGAGCACAAAGAAAAUGUUGGCUUUUAUGGGAGAUGCCUCGAUCAUGCUAUUGAUGUUUCUAAUCACAUUAAUCCUAAGAAGGAAUGCUUGAGAAGCAACAACUGGGCAUGCGCACGUACAGAGGGUUUUAAAGGCCGAAAGGGAGAAGGCUGGACUGGUGCUAACCACAAGACAUCUGAAGAGUAUAGUGGUGAGUUUAGUGUUUCCCAAGAACAGAUAAAUGCUUGGUUACGCAUAAAUGGAUCAAAGUCUUGCGGAAGAGGACAGUUUUCAUUUCAGAAGGAAUACAUCCAUUACAAGCAGUUAAAAGGAUGGAAGCAUUUGGUAGUGUAUAAAUCUGGCAUACAUGGACUUGGUCUCUAUACAUCAGUAUUUAUUCCACGUGGCUCUAUGGUUGUAGAGUACGUGGGUGAAAUUGUUGGUCAGCGAGUUGCUGACAAAAGAGAGAUCGAAUACCAGUCUGGGAAACGACAACAGUAUAAGAGUGCCUGCUAUUUCUUCAAGAUUGACAGGGAGCAUAUUAUUGAUGCCACCCGCAAGGGUGGAAUUGCAAGAUUCGUCAACCAUUCAUGCCAGCCAAACUGUGUUGCGAAAAUAAUCUCAGUCAGGAAUGAGAAGAAGGUAGUGUUCUUUGCAGAACGUCAUAUAAACCCAGGGGAGGAAAUUACUUACGAUUACCACUUCAACCGGGAAGAUGAAGGCCAGAGGAUCCCUUGCUUUUGUAGAUCAAGAUACUGCAGGCGCUAUCUCAACUAGUUAGUGGUGUGUCAUCUUGCUGUGUAACUUGUCUAUUUAACUUUGGUUUUUCCUCCUUUAGAAUUGGCAUUUCAUGUUCGGGAAACCAAUGAUUUGCCUCCUGAGUAUAAGCUGUAGUAACCUGCAA